GGCCCUCUCUCCGCCCGGCCGCAGGGGACGCUGGGGAGCCGGUCUCGGCCCGCGCCGAUUGGUUUCCUGAACGCGGCUCCCUGCCUGGUGGCUCUGUGCUCGCUCUGUGGUCUGGGCGUCUCCGGACCGGGCUUCGGUAACUGCCGCCGAGGGCCCGGGAGCGCCCCGAGACUACCUCCUGGGCCGCACCUCCUCUUUUAGUUCUUGACUGCAGUUCACGAAACUCACCGGUCGGCUGAAAUUAAGAUACACAGAUACGGGGAAGGGGACAGUAACCAUACUCCCCAAAUCUUAGAUCUUUUUAUUAAUUUUGGAGUGUUUGGAUAUUUACAGAAGAUCAUUUGAAAACUCCUUUUGGAAUCAGAGCAUGGAUCCCAGCAGUGACUACCAUUUCCUCAAUCAGAUUUUGUGGCAAAGAGUGAGACUCACUCUGGCUUCUGGUGUCUUCGAAGGCGUGCUCCAGCAUGUGGACCCUGAUAAGAUUGUUGUCCUGAAGAAAGUGAAGAAUGUGGAAACAGGCCAGAGUGCCCCAGGAGUGAAGAUGUUUUUUGGGCAUGAGAUUGUAAAUGUGGAACCACUAGAUGAGGUGGAACAAGGUUCUGUGAGAGAAGAAACAUCUUCUGUUAGUAAGGAUAGUUUAAAUACAGAAAGAACCAGGAUGGAAAAAAUGAAAAAUGGAAACCUAAAUGUAUGUGAGCCGGCUUCACCUGCCCUUAAAGCACCAGUUACCUCUCUGCUGAAUGAUAUCAAGUGCAGCCCAUCAGAAGAGGAGGAGGUGACAUACACAGUCAUCGAUCAGUUCCAGCAGAGGUUUGGUGCUGCAAUGCUCCACAUCAAGAAGCAGAGUGUCCUGAGUGUGGCUGCAGAAGGAGCUAAUGUGUGUCGCCAUGGGAAACUGUUUUGGCUUCAGGUGGCCACAAAUAGCCGAGUUUACUUAUUUGACAUUUUCCUUCUGGGAAGUCGAGCUUUCAGCAAUGGACUUCAGAUGGUAUUAGAAGACAAAAGAAUUUUAAAGGUUAUCCACGAUUGUCGCUGGCUUUCUGAUUGCCUCUCUCAUCAAUAUGGGAUCAUGCUAAAUAAUGUCUUUGACACACAGGUAGCAGAUGUCUUUCAGUUUUCCAUGGAAACUGGUGGCUUUCUUCCAAACUGCAUCAGUACUUUACAGGAAAGUUUAAUAAGACACCUUAAUAUAGCCCCUAAAUAUCUCUCCUUUCUAGAAGACAGACAAAAACUGAUUCAGGGAAAUCCAGAAGUAUGGUUCACACGACCUCUUCCACCCGCUUUACUGAAAAUGUUGGCCCUGGAAGUGACCUACCUGCUCCCUCUUCGAACAGCGCUCCUGGAUGAGAUGAUGUCAGACCUCACCACCCUAGUGGAUGGGCACCUAAACACCUGCCGGGAAGGGUCUGCAAACCAGCUUGCAGGCACACAGCCUACAUGUAUGGAGUUACCAGAGGAGCUGCUUCAACUCAGAGACUUUCAGAAGCAGCGCAGAGAGAGAGCUGCAAAGGAAUACAGGAUGAAUGCACAAGGGCUCCUAAUAAGAACCAUGCUACAUCCAAAGAAGUCAGAGACAGGAACAGCAGGGAAAGAGGAAAAAGUCAGAGAUUCUAGGGAAGAUAAGCCUCCAAGUGUGACAUUCCCUGGAUUUCAUGAGGAUGGGAGUUUUCCUAAUGGAAAAUUUCAAACAACAGUAAAAUCUCAACAUCUACCACCUGUACAGAGAGCAGAAGCCAGUGAGGGUUCCAGUAACAGAUUUAUUUACCCUGAGUCAAAAGGAUUAGAGGAUAAGAAAAUAACUCAGACAGAACACUGUAUGUUGCCGAAGCUUGAGUUUCCGGCAAGUUUUUCUUUGAAAGAAGAGAGACAACAGUCACUGAUUCUCGAAGAUAAGGAAUAUUUGUUGUCCACAAAACCGGAUGUUUCUGCACCUCCUUUUCUUCCUCAAGAAACCAGAGCAUCACUAAAUGAUACCUUUCAUCCUUCCAAAGAAGCUGGGAUUUCCACACUCCCUCCCUGUCCAGCCUUGGAGAAGAUGGACUGGUAGAUGAAUCCAUCUCUAGAUCUGCCUUAGGGUGUGCGGUUUGCUUGAGGCUCUUUGGGAGUCUCAUUUCCCCUGUCAUCUGGGGCUUAAUCAGUGCUUGAAUUUCUCAUGUUGUGGGUUUAGUUAUGUCUCAGUGACAGGCCUCAGGAAAAUUAUAUUCUCUUCCUGACUACAUUCCUGGUAUAUGGAUUAAGAUGGGAAUUAAUACAUUAAUAAGAGAAGAAGUAAAAUUUCUAUGUCACAGUGCAGAAAUGCUUCCAGUGGCCAGAGUAAAUUAUAUCAUAAUUGGAGUUUAGAGGAUUCUAGGGAGGGAAAAAUCUUGGGCUUAGUAUCAGGAAGAAUAUGCAACUUUAGGUAUUUAUUUAUUUUUAUUAUUAUUAUUAUUAUUAUUAUUA